AGCUGACAAACCAAAGUUCGUCCCUCUCUUGGAAAUACUACACGGGAGCGCACAGGGAGCGCUUUGCUUUUGCAGACACCAGCAGAAACACUCUUAACGCUUGCCAUCUGAAAGCGAGCAACACAUUGGAUUUGCAGGAAUUAAAAAGUUGGAAAGUAUUUUUUGGAGUCGCUGCUGCAACCGAAUUCUCUGAGAUCGUCCAUCUACAGUCUUCGCAUGAAUCUACUAGAUCCCUACCUGAAAAUGACAGAUGAGCAAGAGAAGUGUCUGUCUGAUGCCCCCAGUCCGAGCAUGUCCGAGGACUCCGCGGGCUCCCCCUGCCCGUCCGCCUCGGGCUCCGACACGGAGAACACCCGCCCGGCAGAGAACAGCCUGAUGGCUCCGGACGGGACGCUCGGCGACUUCAAGAAGGACGAAGACGACAAGUUCCCGGUGUGCAUCCGAGAGGCGGUGUCUCAGGUGCUGAAGGGCUACGACUGGACGCUCGUGCCCAUGCCGGUGAGAGUGAACGGCUCGAGCAAAAACAAGCCGCACGUGAAGAGACCGAUGAACGCGUUUAUGGUGUGGGCGCAGGCGGCGCGCAGGAAGCUCGCGGAUCAAUACCCGCACCUCCACAACGCCGAGCUCAGCAAAACUCUGGGCAAACUUUGGAGAUUACUGAACGAGGGUGAAAAGCGUCCCUUCGUGGAAGAGGCUGAGCGCCUCAGGGUUCAGCACAAGAAAGACCACCCCGACUACAAGUACCAGCCUCGGCGGAGGAAGUCGGUGAAGAACGGGCAGAGCGAGUCCGAGGACGGCAGCGAGCAGACGCACAUCUCGCCGAACGCGAUCUUCAAAGCCCUCCAGCAAGCCGACUCGCCCGCAUCCAGCAUGGGAGAAGUUCACUCGCCCAGCGAGCACUCAGGCCAGUCCCAAGGGCCGCCCACUCCUCCCACCACCCCGAAAACUGACGUGCAGCCAGGCAAAGCGGAUCUGAAGCGAGAGGCCCGUCCGCUUCAGGAAAGCACGGGACGUCCGCUCAACAUCGACUUCCGCGACGUGGACAUCGGCGAGCUCAGCAGCGACGUCAUAGAGACGUUCGACGUCAACGAGUUCGACCAGUACCUGCCCCCGAACGGGCACAGCGGCGUGCCCAACGCGCCCUACGCGGGCGGCUACGGAACCUGGAUGGGCAAGAACGGCAGCCCUCAAAGCAGCCAGCUGACCCCGCUCAGCGCCGGAGAACCGGACCAGCCGAGAACGACGCACAUCAAGACCGAGCAGCUCAGUCCCAGCCACUACAACGAGCAGCAGGGCUCGCCGCAGCACGUCAGCUACGGCUCCUUCAACGUCCAGCACCUACAGCACUACAGCACUUCCUUCCCGUCGAUCACCCGGGCGCAGUACGACUACUCUGACCACCAGGGCGGCGCCACCUCCUAUUACACCCACGCUGGCGGUCAGAGCUCCGGCUUGUACUCCACCUUCAGCUACCAGAGGCCCAUGUACACGCCCAUCGCUGACUCUACAGGGGUUCCUUCCAUCCCUCAGUCCAACCACAGUCCUCAGCAUUGGGACCAGCAGCCGGUCUACACACAGCUGUCGAGACCCUGAGCAGAGACUGAUGGGAAAGACUCAUUACACAUCAUUCCACUCUCUUUAAAACACACACUUGAAUUUUCCCCACACACACAAAACAUUUGAAAUGUAGGAAAGAAAGCUGGACUUUGACAAAACAAAAAAAGAAACGGCGGCUCCCAACGUGCCUUUUUAAUCGCCUGAAAUCGUGAUUAGAAUAUAUAUAUUUUUAGCCUUGAUUGCAAGAAAAGAAACAUUUUUUUGAGAAAUGAUUCCUCUGUGAGGACUUAUUGAUUAUUGAUACUUUAAUAUGUACUGUGUAUGUUUUCUUAACAUGUUCUUUUUGUAUUUCCGCCGAUCCGGCCUUCUGUGUUUCUUGUAGAAAAGUCUAUUUUUACUAAACCACUCUUGGUAGUAUGGCUUUGUUUUUCUCCCAUCUUUUUUUUUUUCCCACUAAUAACACCCUUUAUUGUCCUCAUGCGGUGCAUUUUAUAUUUUAUAGUUUGAGUUCGUACCCUUUAUUUAUGUUCCUGUAAAAUACCGUCCCCUUCCAGCCGUUUUGUUACCAGCUCACGUCUUUAUCCCCUACAUCAGUGCCUGUCAAAUGUUGGAAGCGAAUUAGCGGGAAUAUCUACGUGGCAGCGGCAGCUGAGAAUGUCUAACAGCAUGUGUCGCAGCUCCAGGAAGUGCCCUUUGACCUCUGCUUGUCAUUAGCUGCCUGCAGUCGUGCCAGUGUCAUCUUACAGUACCCCCCCCCUUUUGUAUCCCAUCUUAACCCCUUUAAUUUAUUUAUUAGUAUUAAUUUUAUUUCAAAGAAAUUAUGUGCAUUUUAUUCUUUAAUACUUUAUACAAAAAAAUGAAUUGUUAUUUUUGCGCCUCUGAAUAUGGUGACAUAUAAUCCAACUGGCCAUUUAGACAGAGGGCUGGUACUUAAUAUGGUACGAUUCUGUAUUCAUCAUGUUUAUUUAUCGUAUGUAGAUUUUUCUAUUUUAAAUGUUUAUUUGUCCUUAUUUCUAACCAGUUGUGUAAUGCACAAAAUGCUGUUGCAGUUUCUAAAACAAGGCUGAUUAAACUGGAAGAGUAGUAGUUUUACGAUGCUCUAAUUUGUUUUUAAGUAGUUUGUUCGUUAGUUAGUUAGUUUGCUUAUAGAUUUUUCCCUUUCCAAUUUUUGUGCUUUGCUCAAUGUCAGCGAUCUCAGUACUGAUGUUGAUAUCUCUUUUUUUACACAAGACUGAACAAGAUUUUUUGUCUUUAAAAAGUUUAACAUUUUACUGCCUUUGAAGAAGCUCAUCUUUUGUAUUAUAUUUGCAAUAAAAGUGAGAAUAAAACAUAAAAUAGA